UUCUCCUUACAUCUGCCUGGUUCCUCGCCGCAAUGGAUGAUGCCGAAAUGGUAAAAGGUCUGACCGAAUGGAACCUCCUGGUUGUGGCCCCCCUGUGUCUUCUUGGUCUGAACAGACGCUUCCCGUUCACGGUAACGCGUCAAGCAGCAGCUCCCGCCAGGCCGUCAGGAUGGGAUUCGAUCCCCUGUUCCUUGUCGGACGGCGUCAAGUGCUGCAUAUUAUCAACCCUCGCGUCGCACACGGAGUCUCUGUUCUCUCUCAUCUCGCCCCACGGACUGAGACCAAAGGCCGCGACGCACAGUGGCUGCUCAUGCGAGCAGUUUCCCUCUUGAAGACACUCGAGGCCAUAACCGUUGCUGUUCCUAGCCUGAAGUCACAAAAAAUAAACUGAAAAGAUCUGACAUUGAAGAGCGAACCAAACUUUC